AUGGAUGAAGCGACUUUCAUUUCGAUCUUACUAGAUUCACUUUCAGAAAAUCAAGAUACAAUGAAAGAAGCUGAACAAAAACUUAUCAGUCUAGCUAGCAAUCAGCCUGAAUUAAUCCUUUUAUUGGCAUCAAAUAUAUUAAACUCAGAUAACAGAGAAAUUAAAGUAUAUAAUCUAUCACUAAUAGCCAUAAAGAAUACAUUGUUAUUACUUAAUUCUAAAGAACAGCAAAAAUAUACAUGGUCAGAAGUUUUAUCUGAACAAACUAGAGAAAAUGUUAAGCAAGGAAUACUUAGAGGUACUUUAAUUGAUAAUCCAAUAGUAUGUGGGCUUGCUGGUGCAUGCGCUCAAAUUAUUUUUGCGAUAGAUCCGUCAAACUUCAAUAUUUUUGAAUACUACGAUCAAAUACUUCAGAUAGAUGACUAUUCAGACAUCAUUAAAGAAUCAAUACUCAAUUCUAUUAAAGAUAUUUUUGAUAAUGAUAUCAAAACUAUCAUUUCAAAGACUUUUUGGCUCGAGAAUACAAGAAACUUAAUGUUUAAUAUCUUUCAAACUAUGAUAUCUCUUGUUAAAAAUGCGCAAAACCAUUCAAUUAAUUUGAUUUCAUCAGUUUUUCAUUUAUUACAUUCUAUUAUUGAUAUUAUGAAGAAUGAAUUAAAUACGCAACAAUCUCAAGAAGCUGUUAUUGAAGCAGUUAAUAGUAUUUUACCAAUUGUUAUGGAUAUUGAUUUAUAUUCUAAUGUUCAUGAGUUUUUACAACAGUAUGUAUUAGUUUUUAAUGGACUUAGAUGGAAUGAAAUACCAAGAGUUGCAGAAUUAAUUGAAAUUGGAAUAGAAUCAUCAAGAUCUGACUUUGUAUGUGUUUCUCUUGAUUUUUGGUGCAAAAUAUCUGAUUAUGAAAAGACUCUAAAUGAAGAAAAAUGUUUUUCUGAAAAAUUUCACCUUGCAAAAGAGCAAAUUUGUUCAGAAUUCCAUUUUACAAGAGAAAUAAAAGAUAUAAUUGUUCCUGAUGUAGAGUGUUGUACAAAAUUAUAUUGUAAACAGCUUAUUCCAAAGAUUUUGAUCAUUUUACAAAAUUCUGUUUUAUAUGGGAACCAAAAUGAAGAAGAUUUGGAUUGGAACGUAUUCGAACAUGCAGCAACACUUCUAAAGAAACUAAUGUGGUGCUUUUCAAGUGAAAUUUAUGAGCAAAUUAAUGAUUUUAUUUUAGAAUCAAGGAGAAAUCCAAAAUAUUACUAUUCAGUCAUUCUUAUAUUAUCAGCAUUUAGUUCUUGUAAGGAUGAAUGUGCUCUAGAGUUAAUAGAAAACAAUUUACAUUUAAUUUUGGAUUAUUCUUCAUUUGGAGUGGCCGAAAUCUGCCAGAUUGCAUUGAAAAUAGUCAAAUCUGUAUCAGAGUUUAGUGAUUUAUUCACAAACAAUGAUCAAAUUCAAAAAACAAUUGAAAUUAUUUUAUCUUUGCAAAAUUCACAGCCAAUUGUUAUUCAACAAUGUAUAGAUUGCCUAUCUACGAUCGUUUCACGAGUAUCAGACUUGUUUGCUGAGCAAUUCAUUAAUUCUUUCGCAGAAUCAAUAUUUAAUUUUAUUUCUUUCGUAAUUUCAAGAGAGGAUUGUCUAGAACACGAUUUAGUACGAAAAUCAUAUGAAAUAUUUGAAGAAAUAAUUAAGAAAUGCCCUGAAAACAUGCCAAAUACGAUUGAAUCACUUUAUUCAUCAACUUUUGAACAAUUGACUUGUACAAUCAAUGAUUUAGCAUAUGAAGGAAUUAUUCCUUACUUUAUUAUUAAUGAAUGUCUUUUGCAUCUGAUUACUCAAAUUUUUAGAUCAUUUCCAAACCAAAUGAAGCCCCAUGGGAUAGAAUUUAUAGAAUUUAUCUCACAGUUCUUUAAAGAUGCAAGUUCUCCAUUGUUUAAAGCAGUUCUUGACACAAUUUUAGCAAUAAUUCUAUCAAUAGGCUUAGAAUGCCAAAAAGUAAUGAAUAUUAUUAAUAACAUGCUUUCACAUGCAUUGCAAUCAAAGAGUCCUGAGAUAACUCAACAAGGAAUUUUAUUAUUAAAAAUUAUUACUCAAAAUUUGCCUCCAGAAUCAUUUGAUGACUCAGAUAAAGUUGUCAAGGACCUGAUUGAUAUAAUAAGUGACUCUGAGAUGGUUUUAAUUGCUCCUUUAUCGCUAAAUGCAAUUGCACAAAUUAUGUCGAAUAUUCCAGAGAAAAUCACAGAUGAAAUGGUCGAUAUUCUGAUCAAUAAAACAAUUGAAAUGUGUAAUAUCGAUUUGAUACAAGAUAUCCAUGAAAUUGAGUUCAGAAGUGAAGCAUUCUCUUCAUUAUGUACAAUUGGAUGCAUACUGCUUUCAAUUUCAUCCCAAGAGAAUGUUUCUGCUCGAACAAAAACAAUUUUUGACCAAUUUAAAUUCUUUAAGAAUUUCUAUGACUAUGAUGUAAAUUCUUUAAAUUGCUUUUGUUUGUUAGUAAGAAAAACAAUAAAUGCGCUUGGAAAAAACGCUCAAAGAUUAGUUACAAGAAUUCCUGUUUUCAUGUUCCUUAUAUUAGCUACAAUGCAUGAGGAUGAUGAAUUGUGUAAAAUUGCUCGGUCUCUGUUUGAAGAAUGUACUAAAAUAUAA